CCUUAUUUAUCCUGUCAAUCUGUCAAUACUUAGCUGUCAAAGAGUCUCUACUCUUUUUACCUUUUUACUAAUAAGCUAUUCUGUAAAUAUGGCCACUGAUGAAGAUAAAUGUAAAAUAGCGAAAUUAUUACAAGGACUGGAAGUACCGGAAGUGAAAUUGUCCGAACGAUGCAACGAUUUGGUUAGAGAGUUUCAUAAGAAAUUCGACGGUGAUAUAACUAUUGAGGAAAUGGAAGCUGUUAACUAUGAGAAUCCUUACGUGCCUGAUAAAGAACUACUGGAGGUCAACGAGAGGAAGCUAAAGGAACUUCUGAAGGAGAGCAAACGUGUAAAAAAAGCAAUUGAUCUAAAUCUCAAUGCCGUCGAUCCAAAAAGACCCUGGCGCACAAAUUCCAACAAAGAGAAACUGCUACGCAUCGAAAACGAACUGAAACAUCACAUCGAGAAAUCUUCUUCGGCUAUCACACCAAUGGACGAGCAAGAAAUGACGGAGCUGGUGCAAGUGUGCCGCGAGGAGACGAUGACAUCUCAACCUGUGGGAGCUAAUCGAAUGAGAGAGACCGUGGACGAAGCGAGAAGAAAUCUGCCCAACUUUCAGUAUAGGACCGUUGAAAACUCUACUGCAACUACAAUUUUAUCCCAUGCCCAUGGCUCUGAAAUAAGUACGGGUACGGCUAGUACUGAAGACAAUGCUACGAAUAAUUAAAGCAUACCUGAAAUGUUUCGUACUGGGUGUUUAACUUAUAUAGAUUUCAAUAAAUUCUCUAAAGUU